AAACUUUGAAGUCAUUAACUACAAUGAGCUAGGCUCAGUCAUAAGAUCAGAACCCGUAACCUUCAAAUUCGGUACCUACUGACAAGGUUGAACAACCAUCUGGAACUAGAGAAGUCUUAUUCACUGCCAAUAUAAUGUGAAAGAAAACAAAUGAAAAUCUAUCAAUUGAGCAAAUUUCACCCCCGAAUAUCAUGCUCAACUCAUUUAAUCUUCAAUUUUGUGAAGAAUAGUUUAGUCCUUCCUCUUGCAGAUUCAACAAGAAGUUGGACACCUCCGUGGAUAAAAUAGUACAUGAAUUUGAGGCUGGAUGGGAGCCUGAAAUGGAGGGAUAUUCGAGGAAGUUAGUGGAGUUUUGCUGUUCCAAAGCCCUCAUUGAUAUGUGCAGUGAAUUAGAAGAGACGAUCGACGAUGGUUCUUUUAUCCGUUUCACUUUUGAUAUGAUGCUGGCAUGGGAAAUGCCUACUUCAGCAGAAGAAGAGAUACAUGGAGAGUCGUUGGCGAACGAGAAAGAAAACGAAAAGGUGGUCUCUGAGAUGCCUCAGGAACAAGAUGACAUCCCUUUGUUCUACUCGGAUAUCUUGCCGUUCCUUGUUAGCCAUAAACCAAGUGCUGGAGAGGAUGCUUUCUUGUGGCUGUCGACAAUUGUACAUUUAGUAGCUGAUGUUGUUAAUGGAAGAUUCACUUUCGAGACUCUGACAGCGCCUACAGAAAAUCGAUUGCAUUUUCCGGCUUAUAACUUAUUCUUGAAGGAGAUCAUAAAGUGCAUAAAGCAUUUGCAAAAGCAAGAAACUCCAACCGGUGUGGACAUGGCAGAUGACGAGGUUAUACUACACGUAGAAGGAACUGCAAGUUCACAGAGAGUAGUGCGCCAUAUUGGAGGGGCAAGUUGGCCUGGUAGGCUGACACUAACAAACUAUGCCCUUUACUUUGAGGAAUCUGGAGUCAUCUCUUAUAAAGAUGCUAUUAAGCUCAAUCUUUCAGAAGACUUCGAGCAGAGUAUCAAACCUGCUGCUACAGGUCCAUGGGGUGCUCCGCUUUUUGACAAGGCCAUAUUUUAUGAAUCUUCUGAAUUGUAAGUAUUUUCUCAGCAUCCUAUAACAUGUUUUUAAGGCUUAAAUUCUAUGCACUCUGCACUUCCUUCAGGUUAGUAUGGAUAACAUUGACUUGGCAUUAUUUAUUUUAAACCUACUUCACGGAUUUCUGCAAGAAGGCUAGUUUUGAUUGUAAUAUACUGAUUUAAUGUGGGGUAUUUCACAAUUUGUUAGGAGCUUGUAUAUUUGCUAAAUUGUGUAUGUUUAUAUUGCUUCUGUUGCG